AUGGCGGCCUCCUGGAGGCUAGGCUGUGACCUGGGGAUGCUGCGUUCUCUCAUGGGCUUUGGCGGCCGGCGAGGCCUGGGGCUCGUUAAGGGAGCUGCUGGGUGGUCCGCCGCCCGCGGAGCUAGUUGGAGAUGGUUUCACAGCACGCAGUGGCUGCGGGUUGAUCCUAUUAAAAUACUAAUGCCAUCCUUGUCCCCGACGAUGGAAGAAGGUAACAUUGUGAAAUGGCUGAAGAAGGAAGGUGAAGCUGUGAGUGCUGGAGAUGCCUUAUGUGAAAUAGAGACUGACAAAGCUGUGGUUACCUUAGAUGCAAGUGACGAUGGCAUCUUGGCCAAAAUACUGGUUGAAGAAGGAUCUAAAAAUAUACGGCUAGGUUCACUAAUUGGUUUGCUAGUUGAAGAAGGAGAAGAUUGGAAGAACGUCGAAAUUCCCAAAGAUGUAGGUCCUCCAGCAGCCACUUCGCCACCGGCAGUGCCUCGUCCCUCCCCAGUGCCACCAAGUUCUGUCCCUGUCCAAAAGGAACGCACUCCGGGGAAACUGCAGUUCCGCUUAAGUCCAGCUGCCCGUAAUAUUUUGGAAAAACACACACUGGAUGCUAGCCAAGGCACAGCCACUGGUCCUCGGGGCAUCUUCACUAAAGAGGACGCUCUCAAGCUUGUUCAGCUGAAACAGAUGGGCAAGAUCACGGAAUCCAGACCAACCCCCACCCCUCCAGUAACUCCCACUACACCUUUGCCCUCACAGGCCCCAGCCAAGCCAUCUUAUCCCCGGCCAAUGAUCCCACCCAUGUCAACACCUGGACAACCUAAUGCAGUGGGCACAUUCACUGAAAUCCCAGCUAGCAAUAUUCGAAGAGUUAUUGCCAAGAGGUUAACUGAAUCUAAAAGUACUGUACCUCAUGCAUAUAUUACUGCUGAUUGUGAUGUUGGAGCUGUUUUAAAAGUUAGACAAAGUCUGGUCAAAGAUGACAUUAAAGUGUCAGUAAAUGAUUUUAUCAUCAAGGCAGCAGCUGUUACCCUGAAACAAAUGCCAAGUGUUAAUGUAAGCUGGGAUGGAGAGGGCCCAAAGCAACUGCCCUUUAUUGACAUUUCAGUGGCUGUGGCAACUGAUAAAGGUUUAAUUACACCGAUCAUAAAAGAUGCUGCUGCGAAGGGUAUACAGGAAAUUGCUGACUCUGUGAAGGUUGUAUUUUCUCAGGUUCUGUCAAAGAAAGCACGAGAUGGAAAAUUGUUACCUGAAGAAUACCAAGGAGGAUCUUUCAGUAUUUCCAACUUGGGCAUGUUUGGCAUCAGUGAAUUUACUGCAGUGAUCAACCCUCCUCAGGCCUGCAUUUUGGCCGUUGGGAGAUUCCGGCCUGUGCUGAAGCUCACUCAGGACGAAGAGGGGAAUGACAGGCUGCAGCAGCACCAGCUCAUCACAGUCACAAUGUCGAGUGACGGCCGAGUUGUCGAUGACGAACUAGCUACCAGGUUUCUUGAGAGUUUUAAAGCGAACCUAGAGAAUCCUAUUCGACUUGCCUAGUGGUUCUCAAAGAUAGAGUUGUUACCCAGAAAUAUGUUCUCUAUGAAAAAAAAUAAGUAUUUAAGUGUGAAGUGGAAGAAAUGUUUAUUUAUUUAAGGUAAAGGAAUUUGACCUGAGUUGUCUUCAUUUUCAGUGGGGGUUCCAUGUUGUAAAAAUAAAUAAUAACAAACUGUAAUAAUUAAAGAAAGAGAAUAGUUAGAUUCAUUUUUAACCUUGGUGCUGUACAAAGGGGGUGUUAAACUAGAUGUAAAUUGUGUGUUUGGUUCUUUGGAGCGUUUUAGAAUAUUUGGGGAUAUAUAAUAAAUUGUAAGCUCAAAACAUUGUUACAGUUCUACUUAAUUGUAUUGACAUUGGAUGUGGUCUUCAAAGAAACACCCAUUAAUUUAGCAGUGGGACCUCACUUUUAUAAGCACUGCUCUAGAUAUACUUGAAUGAUUAAUAUGUACAGGAGUUUCUUCUGUAUAACAGUAAAUAAAUAAGGAUCACAUUGUAGUAGGGGUUCCGCAACAUUAUUGAAUUUUUAUGUAUAUAGCCAUUCCUUUUAGAGUGCUUUCUAUCAGUCCUGUUUUUUACUCCUGUGACACUGUGAACUUCUAAAAAGGAAGAAUUAAAAAAUCAUAAAUGAAGAAAGACCAAAAUAGUUGUUUGUUUUGAUGGUAAACUAUAGUUUAAAUAUCUAAACCUCAGAAAUAACUGCUCACCUUCCUACUAAGUUGGAAUAUAUUAAAAUAAGUGAUGCUGUUUCCUACCAAACAUUUUAAAUUAGUGUUGAUUUGAACACAAAGUGUUGUUUCUUAAUGCAUUUUUAAUCAGAUUUAUAUUGUGCAAUAAGAUGUGAGAAAAUAUAAAAAUUUCUGUUGUAUUUUAAAUGUUAGGACACAGAAGUUUAGUGAAACCUUGAAGUAGAUUAGUAAUUUCCCUGGAAAAGAUUAAAGGGGAUUCUACAGGAAGAAGGGAAGAAUUUAAAAUUAAUACGGCAUUAGGCAAAUAAUGGGUAUGGAACAGAGAGUGGAAAAGGAAGCUUGUGAGGCAGGUGAGAGCUACCUUUGUUAUUCCAUUGAUGAUUCAAAAUUGUCACUAAUUAUGGCAAAGGUCAGAAGAGUUUCUUUCUUUUAACAACUCUGCUACAACUGGCGAGAUCGCUGUACCUGGAAUGGAUGCCACUUUAUCCAGUCACGGAAAGACUCGUGUCACUGUCUGCUGUCGGGAAUCACCUGAAGAAAGACUGGUACAAGUUGUAAAGUUGACUUGAUGAACUACUCACGCUGUAAGAAAAGAGCCUUCCAGAAAAUUAGAACUUCACUCAGUUGUUAAGAAAAUGCUUAAUCCAGAUAGUCAGUUUUAACAAGCUGCUUUUAAAAAUAGUUUUCAAGCCUGGCCCAUGAGGCUCAGUGGCUG